UAGAAAUUCGGUGGGAUGUCACUAAGUAUAAAUUUGGAAACAGAUCAUCUACUGAUUUAAUUGUUAUAGAUCCAUCAUCAACAACAACACAACAACAUGAAAGUGGUAAUUGCUUUGUUCGCCCUUCUUGCUGUGGCUUCAGCCACCCCAAUCAACCCAGAAGCCUCCGCAGUGGUUGUGCGCAGCGAUCUCGACAACAUCGGAGUCGGUCCCUUCAGAUAUGCCUACGAAACCAGCAAUGGAAUCGCAGCUGAAGAACAAGGACAAAUCAUUAACGCCAACACUGAUGCCGAGUCGAUUGCUGUUCGUGGUCAGUUUCAGUAUGUAGGACCUGAUGGUGUUUUGUACCGUGUUACCUACAUCGCCGACGAAAACGGUUUUCAACCACAAGGUGCCCAUUUGCCAGUGGCCCCACAAUAAAUUAAUUUAAUAAAAAUAUAAAAAACUA